CACCCUUUUCUUUCCAGUUCGAACGCCUAUAAGCUGGUAAUAUGACUAUGGCAUAUGUGAUAGGUUUAAGGGAUUUAGCCCGAAGCCAGAGGGCCAAUACGGUUGCCAUACAUAUAAAGACAAUGCUAUUGUCACUGGUUCGCCAUUAUGCCUCACACAAGGGUAGCUAUAAGUCUCCAGACUCGUCCAUAGAGACCGAUGAGAUCAUCUCAGAAAACAACCCAUGGUCUCCCACAUUGCUUACUGAUAGAGUCAAGGUCCGCAAGCCUGGAUAUGUGAGGCUGGUAGAAUUGCCAGAGAAUUUGCGGUUAUCGUACCAACCAUUAUAUGAAGCUCCUGGCUCCAAAUACGUAGCGUUGUUAAAGAGACUCACCAUAAGCGUGGGAGUUUUGGGAUGUUACGGAGCCAAGUUGUUCUACGAUUCGCCCCACUUUGAUGACUACUAUGCGGUAUCGACUCUUGCCGCUUGUUCUGUACCGGCAAUGGUGGUGCAAUAUAAGACUCGUGAAUAUGUCACAAGAAUCUUUAGAUUGUAUGACAAAAACAAGCCUCAGACGCUAGAAAACUUGGUGAACGACGAGCAAUUGAUCGUGGAGAAGUUGAACUUCACUGGGGGUAAGACAUUCAACCAGUUGGUUCGUGUUUCAGGGAACGAUUCGCUAAAAUUGGUACUGACUCCUAAGGUACCGCUUUUAGCAUCGUAUGCUGUGUGGCAAGACAAAGAGCCCGAGUCGGGUACUGUGAGAAAACACUAUAUUGUGGAUGAUAUCGGUGGGAUGAAGAUGGACCGACUUUGGGGAAUCGUGGAGAAGAACUCAGGAGAAGAUAAUGGAAGGUACAUCGACUAUAAUAAGAGCCAGUGAAUCCACCAGCUUUGAACGUCGGUAUCCCACUUCACCUUUACCAUUCCACCAAAUUCCUGCUUUCAUAUGUAUUCUCAUAUCUUGUAAAUAUUUCACUAAGAAUCCGCGCGGCUCAUCCGUAAAAAACUGAAUGCCUCACAAGCUAUUUCUUCCCAACACCACAUUACUAUGGGAAUGUUUUCAGCUGCCAGAGGCUCAAAUCUCUAUUACUCAGGGAAUAACCAGAUGAGAUCACACCCCGAUCUCCAACGAAGACGCAGCCCCACCCGAUCUCAUGAAGCCGACUCUGAGAUAUCCUCGGGCCAAGAAAUCAAACCUUCUCCUGAACAGGAAUCUAAGGAGCCCAAAUCCACUGAAGACGACGAUACUACCGAAGAACUCGGAAAACCAAGGGAGAAGAAGGUGGUGAAGUCGCGCAACAGAGAGCGGUUUGAUCCCACCACCUCCAAAAAUACAAAACUCAAUUCACUCAUCUAUCAUACGACAGAUGACUCGAUCGAUGUUUAUACCAAAGAAAACGACUCGUCAGACUUGUUGGGGAGAAUUUACUACGAUGAUUUCGACCUGGAAUCUUCCACUCCCAUAAUAUCUACCAACACCACGCCAUUGAUUUCACCCAGUGGUUCGGUUAUAGGAAAUGAUUACUUUACCAGCAGACCAUUCAUCCCUUCUGCUCUUUCCACUGCACCAGGCUCCCGGUCGACAUCCUUCACGAAUCUUCGUGUUUUGCACUCAACCAGCUCCAUAGACGAGAAGUCCCGGGAACACUAUAAGUACGAACGGGGGAUUUCGUUUGAUACAUCCACCAACAUCGAGCGAAUAUCCUUAACCUUGAAGGCCAAGCACCCCAAGUUCAAAUUUAGAAGGAAUAACAAGACGUUUUUGGCUGGCUUCAACGGCGACAGCGAGUCGUUGAAGGCCAUUGAAUGGUUGUUUGACGAAAUGAUCAUUCAUGGCGAUACAAUUGUCAUCUUGCAAGUUUUGGACGAAAAAUUGCACCAUGAUAUUGACCGGGCCCAGUGCAACCGGCAGCUUGAACUUAUUGAAGAUCUCAACGUCCACAACAAGAAGAUCUCCAUUGUGUUUGAAAUCGUGAUUGGCAAACCGCAAAAGCUCCUCAAAAAAGCCAUUGACGAGUAUACGCCGCAGAUGAUGACAAUCGGCAUGCACUCACCGGACAAGGAACUGAAGGGAUUUUUUGCCAAAACCACCGUAUCCAAGUACUUCUUGGAGUACGCGUUGGUGCCGGUGAUUGUGGUAAAGCCCACAUACGACUAUAUUAAAGAAUUGACCAACCCCAUAGAUAAUCAACAGUACUUUCAGAACUGGUUGAAGAAUAUCGAUAUCAGUGAAACGUUCAUCAAGGACAAGAAAAAGAAGAAGAUGAAGAGCCCAUUGGGGUCUCGGUCCUCAUCUCAUGUGAGUUUGGUGGCCUUGAACGAAGAAAGAGGAAGAUCCCGACAAGUGCCGUUAGACGGGACCGAAGACGCGAAACUGCUGUUUCUGAUAUCAGGAUCCAGGUCCCCUUCUGCUACCCGAUCACUCUCACCGACCGGUGACCGCUCCGACUCAAGGUCAUCGCAGAAGCGGUCGACCCUCUCGAAGUUGUUUCACCAUCGAUAAGGAGAGUUAGGUAUGUACGUGCGAAUGAACAUUUUUACUAGUCGG